AUGAUGCUUCGCAAAUCAAUUCAAGCGUUGAGAGCGCUCUCCACCAAUUCGACGAAAGUCUUGGCAAUUGAAACAAGUUGCGACGACACCGCCGUCGCGAUUGUUUCAAAAGAAAAGAACAUAUUGGCGUCGAAGAAGUUUACAAAUCGCCAAAUUCAAACGAAACUCGGUGGAAUUUGUCCAAGCGUUUGCGCGCAACAACAUCGUGAAAUGCUUCCAAAACUGUUAUCCGAAUGCGUUGAGGAAUCUGGCGUUCAUAUUAGGGAGCUCGCCGCGGUCGCCGUCACCGUGACACCCGGUCUUGUGAUUGCACUUAAAGAAGGCAUUCAUACAGCAAUUAGUCUUGCCAAAUCAAUGGGAGUCCCUUUGAUACCUGUACACCAUAUGCGAGCUCAUGCUCUUUCCAUUCUACUCUCCACAGAUCGCGUGAAGUUCCCGUAUUGCACUUUACUGAUCUCCGGUGGACACGCAUUAAUCUGUGAGGUGAAAUCUCCGGAUGAUUUUGUCUUAUACGGAAUGAGCGUGUCGGGAAGUCCUGGUGAAUGCAUUGAUAAAGUUGCGAGAGAGCUUGAUAUAGAGAAUGCUCAUUCGCACGCUGGAGCUGCUGUUGAAAUGCUCGCAAAACGCGCUUCUGAAAAUGGUCAUUUGCGCUAUAGCUCAGUGCUUCCGAGCACUUCUGGCGCCGACAUGAAUUUCUCACAACUAAAAUCGACAUAUCUGAAUCUUGCGGCGAAACAUAAGAAUUCUCCGGACUUUUGCCGAGAAGACUUUUGCGCCAGCCUUCAACAUUCGGUGGCACGCCAUCUAACCAGUAAAUUGCAUUCGUUUCUCGAUUGGUAUACGGAAAACGAGAGCAAUCGCUCAAAAACGCUUGUAAUUGGCGGGGGUGUUGCGGCGAAUGCUUAUAUCGCUAAUGGCAUAACGAAGCUGGCCGACGCCUAUGAGAUGGAAACAUUUCAAGUGCCUCUUGAGUUGUGCUCGGAUAAUGCGGAAAUGAUCGGAUAUACGGCGAUAUUGAUGCUUGAGAACAAAUCGCCUGCUGUUAUUCACCAUGAUCAAAUACCUGACAACAUUUAUGCGCAUGCUAGAAGUGAUAUAGGAGUCGAUCAUCGCUGGAAAAUUCCGGCAAAGCCGCGACGCCGUUUGGCGGUGUCCACAAUUCACGGUAAUCAAUCAAUUCGUUUCCACAAGGAUUAUAAACGCAUGGAAAACGCCGAGAGCCAAACGUUGUAA